GCUAUCAGCUUCGGUAAUUCUACUCCUCCUCAACAAUCUCAAAAUCAUGUUGCUAUUUCCAUGAAAGAUGAUCAGAUAUUGUUUGCGAUUUCACUGUUUCGGCAAUGUAUCAGAUCACUUUGAGUUUAGCAUGGAGGAUAUUUGCAAGAAAACCACCAAGAGUUUUGAGGAAAUGUGGCCUGUGCUUCAGACAGCUGUGGAUAGACUCAUCAACCAAAUAGAAGGGGUUGACGACGAUUCAUGUUUCACAUAUGAGGAUUGCAUGUCCUAUUUUACAACUGUUUAUCGAUUGUGUACAGCCCGACAACUGAGGGUUGAAAAUUGCGAGCUACUCUAUGCCAAAUAUAAGAAGGUCUUUGAAGAAUAUAUCAAUUCCACAGUUCUUCCAUCUUUGCAAGGAAAGAAAGUUGAACUUAUGUUGACAGAACUACUUAGAAGAUGGUCAAAUUACAAAAUUAUGACCAUGUGGCUCUCAAGAUUCUUUCAUUAUCUUGAAAGACACUUCAUCUUUAGACGGCAGCUUCCUUCGCUUGAAGAAACUAGCUUCUUAUCCUUCUAUGACUUGGUACAUGAUAAGAUCAAUAAACAAGUUGGGGAUGCUAUAUUAGCUAUGAUUGAUCAGGAACAGGCAGGAGAGAAGAUUGACAGAGCAUUGGUUAAUAACACGUUGGCCAUGUACUCGGAGAUUGGAGAUGUCCUAAGAAUAGACAAUGAAAAUCAUUUUAUAGGAAGAAUGAUUAAAGAGCAUGCAGCAUUCUACAAUGAUGAAGCUUCAAAUUGGAUAGCAAGUUCUUCCUUGAGGGAUAACACACCAAAGGAAGAGAAAUUGCAUGACAUUCAAACCCCUUCAUCAAAGAAAAUCAGGUUGGUAAGUUCUGAUGGAGAUGUGUUUGAAGUUGACUAUGGAGUGGCACUCAUGUCAAAAACCAUUGAAGAUGUUAUUAAGUCUAACCCUGCUGGUGGAAGUGACAGCAUUCCUGUCUUCAUGAGUAGCAAUAUUUUGGCCAAGGUCAUUGAAUACUGCAAGAAGCACACUGAAGCUUCCAAUCCCAAUUACAAGGAAGACAUGUCUGGUGUUGACAUCAAAGACUGGGAUUCUAAAUUUGUUGAGGUUGGCCAUCAAACCCUGCUUGAUCUUGUUCUGUGUGCAGACUACUUGAACAUCAAGAGUCUGCUAGACCUGACAUGCGCUACAGUAGCAGACAUGAUGAGAGGGAAAAGUCCAAAUGAAAUACGCAAGAUGUUUAGCAUUGAGGCCAACUAGGAUCCAUUUCAUAGUGUCAGAUUCAGCUAAAAUUGUAGCUGAGUUUAUUUCUUGAACAUCUCAACUUUUAGAUACCCAAAGAGUAACUACUGUGCAAUAAUGACAUUCAAGAGCCAUUUAUUAUAUCCUAUUCUGGCUAAA